AAAAAUAAAAAAUCCGGAACCGCUGAAGUCCCGACGAGUCCGGAUUAACAACUUUUGACUGUAUUGUCAUGCUUAGCAAUCUUACUAGAAAAGAGUUCAUCCCUGGUAUUUUUGAAAAAUGGUUCCAUCAAGCAAAAAGCUGCAUAUUCACCUACUGUUUCUCCAGCUGGUCUUGUUUCAUCUUUUCCCAAAUUGGGAAAUCCGUUCACUCUUUGGGUGUAAUUUUUAGAAUUGCAUUCUGACUAAAUGAAGACUAUGGAGUCAUCCUUUAGAGGGAUAAGAAGCAGCAAGUUUAGGCAUGUAUUUGGCUGUGCUGCAAAAAAAGAUAAAUGCUUUGAUUGUAUAAAAAUCACAAAAAAUGCCCAUGAUAGUUCCUUUUGUGCCGUCAAUCCAAAAUUCAUAGCCAUUGCCACUGAAACAGCAGGCGGAGGAUCAUUUCUUGUUCUUCCUGUAGAAAGAACUGGGAGGGUUGAUGUGACUGCUGGAAGAGUUACUGGUCAUCAUGGCCCCAUACUGGAUUUGCAGUGGAAUCCAUUCAAUGAUAACAUUAUAGCAUCUUGUUCUGAUGACUGCACGAUUAAAGUUUGGUACAUACCAGAUGGUGGUCUUAAGAAAGCAAAUAUGAACCAGCCUGUUUUAGAGUUGACUGGUCAUAAGCGAAGAGUUGGCUAUAUUGUUUGGCAUCCUACAGCUGAAAAUAUAUUAUUCAGUGUUGGAUUUGACUAUAUGAUUUUAGUAUGGAAUAUAGGAGAAGGUUCUCUUGUAAAUAGUAUUAUAUGCCAUCCUGAUACAAUACAUUCUCUGUCUUUUAAUCGAGACGGAAGCUUGAUCGCAACCACUUGUAAAGAUAAAAAACUCCGUGUGAUUGAUGCUAGAAGUGGAAGUAUUUUACAAGAAGGAAUAUGUCAUCAAGGGUCAAAAGCAUCAAAAGCAGUUUUCUUAGGAGAUACAGGACGUAUCUUUACCACUGGUUUCUCUCGUUUUAGUGACAGACAGUGGGCUGUGUGGUCACAGCACAAUCUUGAUGCUCCUUUAAGGAUUGAAAAUAUUGAUUCUUCUUCUGGUGUUUUAUUUCCAUUUUAUGACCAUGAUACUAAAAUGGUUUAUGUAGCAGGAAAGGGGGAUGGGAAUAUUCGAUAUUAUGAAAUUGUCAAUGAACCACCAUGGUGCCAUUAUUUAAACCAAUUUUUAACUGGUUUUCCCCAAAGAGGCUUAGGUUUCAUGCCCAAACGAGGCCUAGAUGUUUUACGAUGUGAAGUAUUUCGUUUUUAUAAACUGCAUGCAGUCAAACCUCUAUGCGAACCUGUUUCCAUGAUUGUUCCUCGAAAAUCAGAACAAUUUCAAGAAGAUAUCUUUCCUGAUACUGCUGCACCAACACCAUCGCUAACAGCAAAAGAAUGGUUAAGUGGGAAAAAUAGAAAUCCAAUUUUAAUUUCAUUGAAGACAGGUGCUGGAGCGAGAACCAACAAGCCCGUGUUGUAUAAUCCAGAUCGGCAGUAUUUGGUGACUGCUGACCGAAAUAAUGAACAAAAGUUUAUAUUCAUUGCAGAAGGGAACAAAGUUGAUUAUAGAGAGCUUAUGAAAUUGAAUGGAAAUAACAAUGUGUUAAAGGAUAGUCUUUCUCUUGACAAUGUAAACCAAAAUAUUAUGAUUCAAGCAACUCCAAAGAAAUAUCCAUGGUCAGAAGAGUUAUCUUGUAAUAAUGGUACAAAAGCUGGCAUGGUUUCAAGCCAUACUUUACCUGUGGCAACAUUUGUGACUAUACAAGACAAUGACAGUUCUAGUGAACAUGAAAGUGAUUCAAAUCCAGAAACACUGAACAAUGAAGAUUUACUCGAAACUUGCAAAAAAUUAUCUUCACAAGUAAAAGAUCUGAAAAAGAAGCUGCUAGCUAAAGAUGAACGAAUCAAAGAGCUAGAAAAAAAGCUGCAGCUUUUCCAGGAAGUUGAUGAGAAAAAUUAAAAAAUUUUCUAUCAAGACUUUCGUUUAAAAAAAUAAAAUAAUAAUAAAAAAGCUGUGUAUGUAUAAUUGUUAUUAAUUAUGUAUAUUUUAUGUUUUUUAGCCUGCAAGUACAUGUUUUGCAUUUGGCUUCUAUUUAAUUUUGUGUUAAAGUAAUUAUUCUCUCUUUGUUUGUUCACUGACCCUCAACAAUUUCAAAUCUGCCAUAUUUUUGAACAAGAAAAAUUUAUCACUUAACUAAUUUCAGUAAUGUUACUGAAUAUAAUACAUAAUUCUUUAAUUAUUAAUUUUGUUUACUGCAGUUUUUUAUUCUAGAUUUUUCUAGAACUAGUAUGAAAUAGCAGCUUUUAAAAGAAAUUUACAAAAAUGUUCAUCAUUUGCUAACUGAGCAUUUGAUUUAUUUCUGAUGUAGAAAAAUAGAUCAAUAUUUUUUUUUCUUUUGAAUUUACAUGUUUUAACUGAGGCAGUUUAAGUGUAUUUUGACAUUAUUCAGCUUUCAGAUUGUAUGUUAUAAUUUGUAUGAAAUAGAAGCUUUCUUAAAAUUUUUAUGAAAAAUUUUGUUAUCAUUUCCUGGCUCAGCAGUUUUUUUAUUCUAGAUUUAGUUAUACUAAAUGGGAAAUAUUAAUUAUAUUCUGUCUAAAGUUUUAAAAAAAAUGCUGUAGACUUUAAUUUUUGCAGAACAUCAGUGAAAAAGUGAUAUUAUUGUGGAAUUGUAUAUGUAUCUAUGUAUAAUAUCAAUUAACAUUCAACGGUUUUGAUAUCUUGUUAGAAAAAAGGUGCAGUCUUUGUAUAGAGUUUUAUGGUAAGUAGUUUUCUUGCCAUUUUUUCUUCUUGUAAAGAAAGUUUUAAAUAUAAUAGAGUUAAGGUAGCUUAGCUAGGCAUGCUAUAAAAUGCAAUAAUGUACUGUAAUUGUGCAUAACAGAAACAAGAACAAAAAUGCAUUUCAUUUUGUGGAUUUUCAUUACUGUAUAAAAAAUUAUCUUAAGUAUUUAGUGUGUUAAUUAAUUUAGAAGGACUUAAAAAAACUUUACAUCUGAGCAUUCUUAUGGACUGAAUGUAUUUCAUAGCUAUUGUAGUGUUGUGAUAUUUAUUGGUUUUGAUUGAACCAAUAUGUUAAAUUAGCAAGUAAAAUUUACACUUGAAAAGUGCUAUAGGAAAGCCUUUAAACUUUGCACUGAAUGUUUUAAAAAUAAUACUGUAGUGCCUUCGAUAUUUAAUUGAAAGAUAUUUUUUAUAAAAUAUAUUUAUUUAAUUAAUGUAUGCGCAUGUUUUAUUAUUCUUUUUGUGUUUUUUGGGGGGGAUGUUAAGACAUGUUUUUAUUUAUAUUAAUGCUAAUGUUUAAUGUCUUUAAUAAAGUUGUGUAAUAUAUUACAUUUUUUUUCUUAUUUUAUAGCACAUUUAAAAUAUUUCAUAGUAUAUAAUGUUGUUUCCAUAUAAUUUAUCUUUAAAAUUGCAGCUGUAGUCUUUGUUUUUCUUUCAUAUUAAUUAAGCAUGAUUUUGAAAAAAUAAAAAUGGCAGCUAUAUAUUAGGUAAAUUUUUUUAAUUAAACACUAUUUACAUAGUUAUUCAUGUGUACUAUUUAAACUUUUUAUGUCAUUAAAAAAUUUUCUGAGCUUUCACAAUUUGUGUUUAAUAUUUUUAUAAUUUUAACUUUUUAUGAACUUUUUGAAUUCUGUUUUCAUAAAUAAUAAUUUUCUGAUUAUUUGAAAUGAAACUUUCGUGUUCAAACUAUGCUAAAUCAAGCACAAUUUUUAAGGAAAAUGUGUGAUAGAGGGUUAAUUUCUUUCCGUUUUACAAUAUUUAAGAUUUAAAAUGUAUUUUUUGGUUUGAAAUUUAUAGACAUUAUAAAAUUUUUUUUUUCAAGAGAUGUUUCAUGUACUUUGUAUUUUAUUCUAGUGACUCUAAUAUGGAAUUUUGUUUUUCUGUUCAAGAUGUAUUUCUGUAAACUCUACUUGUCUUUAUAUAUGCAGCCUUACAUACACUAGCAAUGUCUUAUAAUUUGUGAUUUAAUAUUUUUGAUAAAGCACAUUUCUUAAUUUUUGAUUCAUGAUCUGAUACUUAGCCAUUUAAUUAUCUCUCUCAUUGCAUAUCUAUAGCAUAUCAUUCAUGUGUAUGGAGCCAUCUUUUUUUAAGCCUCCUUUUUUUAAUGAAUCAGAAUUAUGUUCUGUGAAGCAAUUUAUUUGUGAAUCAAUAAAAUUCAGUAUAAAUUGAAAUAAACUAAAGGGGAAUGUGGAAAAAAUAUCAUGUUUUAAACUUUUCGCUCCAUUUGAAUUAAUGGUAAAAAAGUGGUUUGGGGGCUCACAACAGUUCCCCCCCCCCAGAUUUGAUUAAAUACUUUCUUCAUUGCAAAUAACUGUAUCUGUUUUGAAAAUUUUCCUAUUUUUUUAUAUUUCGUACUGUCUUUGUAUUUUAUUAUAUAAAUUAUAUACACGUAUCCAGUUACUGCAUUUAAUGACCACUAUGAUAUAUAUUGGAUAUAUUUUUGUUAUAUUAGUGGUUUUGUUUUUACUAUUUAUGUAACUGUGUUUUAUUGUUAUUUAACAUUAGCUUGUGCAUGUUGAUGUUCUGUUGUAAAUUUUUUGUCUGUUAGGAAUAAAGCUUUAUUUAAUGUUUAAGCUUAUAAUUAUGAUGUUUGAAUGCAGCUAUAUAUCUGCCUUUCAUUAUUAUAUCAUGAUUCAUGAUUAGAAAUCAUUCUUUUCCUAGAACAUUCCAAAGUAUCGAAUAUACAUGUUGCCUAUUUAAAAAAAUUUUUUUUUCUCCUAUUGUACUAGUCGAAUGACAUGCCAAAGCAUUGACUUGUAGCCAUUUUCUGAAUAAAUAUUCUAUAAUGUCUAACAA